AUGUCACAAAAAGUAGCACAAGCACAAAAGACACGCAAACCGCGGAAACCGUCGCCGGAUGCCUGGAUGUGGAAGGACGUAGCUGCCAACCAGAGUCCUCUCCUAUCCAUAAAACCGGCACAGCUCAACCCUGCAGCAACUCCGGUCACCAGCACUUCGAGAACCGAGCUGGUAUGCAGCUACAAUUGGCUGAAAGGCGACAAGCUGGCCAUCGUGGCCCCUGGCUUUGCUCCGGCAUGGAAGCCACCCCCCAUGCCGUCUACUUUGCCCCCAGACACUGGAUCUUUCUCCAUCGACCACAACGGGGCGCGCAUGCCACGAUUCCCAUUUGAGCCGCUGUUCCGUGCUGCCACCAUAGUGAACCCCAGCUUCCGCUUUGACGAGGUCGAUAUUGUCAUCAACCGCAACAGCCUGCGCAAGCUCCUUGACCUGUGCCGGGGCCGCGUCGAGACUGGCUUCCGCCUCGAACUGCUGCUGGUCGGCAACACGCUCGUCGUUCAGCGUUGCGAGCGCAAGGUGCGUGAGAGGCUUCGGGGCGGAAAUUCGAAGUGGAUGCUAGCUAUGAGGAAGACGGAAAGCCGAACGAAGCUGGCCAUCGCAGACAACGGUGGUCUAGCGUCUCCUGCUGCUACGGUUGUCCCGGCUGCUGGUUCCACGGGUAGUCUUCUGGCAACGCACCACGGUGGACGUCUGCAGCCACAGACGACCAUGGCCGAGAUCAAGUCUGCCAAUGAACGGAAGACCGGCGCCAUCUCCAAGCACAUGCCGCAGCUUUGGUUUGGUCGCACGCCCUGGCUGCUAGUCGGUCACCAUACAGAUGGCAUCUUCCGUAGCGUUAACGUCACGCACGCGGCUGCCCGCUUUGCUACCUGGGAUGCCAACGACACCAACCAGGCUGCCUUGCGCACACUCGCUGCCCUGUUGGCACAGCUGCGCAACGAUGUUCUGCAGAGGCUCCGCAACAACCUUGGAAUCGGUCCCGGCUAUGCUGUUGCCAUCUGUGAGAAGCAGUCAAAGCCUCGCACCAUCCAGAUAUACGCUCCAACAAAGGGCAAGAAGCAAGCGCUGCCAGAUGACUUGGUCAGAUACUUUUGGAGCUCGCCGGCAUAA